AUUAUAAAAGUACCUAUAAUUAUAAAGCUGUAGUCAUGGCGGGUCCCAUGGAAAGAAUUCAAGUACUAGAUGACAUAGAAAAGGAUAUAAUAACAUGUUUACAAUGUGCAGCUCAAGCAUUGUUGGAGUUGGGAAAGGAAAAAUCUAGCCAGAAACAAGCCGAAAGUAAUACAUCGCAAUUCCUUAGAACCCUGAGUCAAGUUGAAUCAAAAUUGAGUGAUCAAAUAAAUUAUUUAACUCAAGUUUCUACUGGUCAGCCCCAUGAGGGGUCAGGAUACGCAUCCCAGAAAGUCUUACAAAUGGCAUGGCAUAGAUUAGAACAUGUAAGAUCUUGGGUGAAUGAGUUAGAUAGACUCAAAGCUUCCCAUUUGGCAACUGCAAAUCGAACAGCAGGUGUUUCAAAUGGUAAUAUGACAUCCUCUGGUACUAGUACUCAAUAAUAUUUAAGAAAUGUCUACAUUUAUAAUUCUGUGCUCUUUGAUUUUUAUUAAAUGUACAAAUAUAAUAGUAUUAUUUUUA